GUGCUACCAAACUUGCUCAAGAACCCACACAAAGAGUAAUCAAGUAGCUUGCAGACUGUAUUGAUGAAUAUUUAACCAAUGGAAAUAUUAAGUCAGCAAUGCUGAAAUUCAGAUUGCAGCUGAACACCAGAAAUAAAAUACUGACAGCAACAGCCAUGGGCCUAAGCAAAGCCCUUCGGAGGAGAAAAUUCAAUGAAUACAGGAACUCAUUAUACAAUGACAAAUGGAGGAAGCAUUAAUAGUUCAACACAUUUACUGGACCUCUUGGAUGAACCCAUUCCUGGAGUUGGAACAUACGAUGACUUCCACACCAUUGACUGGGUGCGAGAGAAGUGCAAAGACAGAGAAAGGCACAGACGGAUUAACAGCAAGAAGAAAGAAUCCGCCUGGGAGAUGACAAAAAGUUUGUAUGAUGCAUGGUCAGGAUGGCUAGUAGUCACACUAACUGGUUUGGCAUCAGGGGCAUUGGCAGGGUUGAUAGACAUUGCUGCUGAUUGGAUGACUGACUUAAAGGAAGGCAUUUGCCUUAGUGCUUUGUGGUUUAACCAUGAACAGUGUUGUUGGGGAUCAAAUGAGACAACAUUUGAAGAGAGAGACAAAUGUCCACAGUGGAAAACAUGGGCGGAACUAAUAAUUGGUCAAGCAGAAGGUCCAGGUUCAUACAUUAUGAACUACAUUAUGUACAUUUUCUGGGCCUUGAGCUUUGCCUUCCUAGCAGUUUCUCUGGUGAAAGUGUUUGCUCCCUAUGCCUGCGGCUCUGGGAUUCCAGAGAUUAAAACUAUUUUGAGUGGCUUCAUCAUCCGAGGUUACUUGGGCAAAUGGACCUUGAUGAUAAAAACCAUCACUUUAGUCUUGGCUGUAGCAUCAGGUUUGAGUUUAGGAAAGGAGGGUCCUCUGGUACAUGUUGCCUGUUGCUGUGGGAAUAUUUUUUCCUACCUCUUUCCAAAGUACAGUACAAAUGAAGCUAAAAAAAGGGAGGUGUUAUCAGCUGCUUCAGCAGCAGGAGUAUCAGUAGCCUUUGGUGCCCCAAUUGGUGGCGUCCUUUUUAGUUUGGAGGAGGUCAGUUAUUAUUUCCCACUGAAAACUUUAUGGAGGUCCUUUUUUGCUGCUUUAGUGGCUGCAUUCGUUUUGAGGUCCAUCAAUCCUUUUGGUAACAGCCGUCUUGUCCUUUUUUAUGUGGAAUACCACACCCCUUGGUACCUUUUUGAACUGUUUCCAUUCAUUCUUCUGGGGGUGUUUGGCGGGCUGUGGGGAGCAUUUUUCAUCCGUGCAAACAUCGCCUGGUGUCGCCGACGCAAAUCAACAAAAUUUGGGAAAUAUCCUGUCCUGGAGGUCAUCAUUGUUGCAGCAAUUACAGCUGUCAUUGCCUUUCCUAAUCCAUACACAAGGCUCAACACCAGUGAGCUUAUUAAAGAGCUCUUUACAGACUGUGGGCCAUUAGAAUCUUCCUCUCUUUGUGACUACAGAAAUGACAUGAAUGCCAGUAAAAUAGUAGAUAUUCCUGAUCGUCCAGCAGGCACUGGAGUUUAUUCAGCUAUAUGGCAGCUGUGUUUAGCACUUAUAUUUAAAAUAAUUAUGACAGUCUUCACCUUUGGUAUCAAGGUUCCAUCAGGUUUGUUCAUACCUAGUAUGGCAAUUGGAGCAAUAGCAGGAAGGAUUGUGGGAAUUGCAGUGGAGCAGUUGGCUUAUUAUCACCAUGACUGGUUUAUCUUCAAGGAGUGGUGUGAAGUUGGAGCUGACUGUAUCACGCCGGGCCUAUAUGCCAUGGUUGGUGCUGCUGCAUGCUUAGGUGGUGUGACAAGGAUGACUGUCUCCCUAGUGGUCAUUGUAUUUGAGCUCACAGGUGGGCUGGAGUACAUUGUACCUCUCAUGGCUGCAGUAAUGACCAGUAAGUGGGUGGGUGACGCCUUUGGUAGGGAAGGCAUCUAUGAAGCACACAUCCGGCUGAAUGGCUAUCCUUUCUUGGAUGCUAAAGAAGAAUUCACUCACACAACACUGGCUGCUGACGUUAUGAGACCUCGAAGAAGUGAUCCACCCUUGGCAGUGCUGACACAGGAUAACAUGACGGUGGAAGAUAUAGAAAACCUGAUCAAUGAAACCAGCUAUAAUGGUUUUCCUGUUAUAAUGUCAAAAGAGUCUCAGAGACUAGUGGGAUUUGCUUUAAGGAGAGACUUAACUAUUGCAAUAGAAAGUGCUAGAAAGAAGCAGGAAGGUAUUGUUGGCAGUUCCAGAGUCUGUUUUGCCCAGCAUACUCCAUCACUUCCAGCAGAAAGUCCUCGGCCUUUGAAACUUAGAAGCAUUCUUGAUAUGAGCCCGUUCACCGUGACAGAUCACACACCAAUGGAGAUAGUGGUGGAUAUUUUCCGCAAGCUGGGUCUGAGGCAAUGCCUUGUAACACACAAUGGGAUUGUCUUGGGGAUCAUCACAAAGAAGAACAUAUUAGAGCAUCUCGAGCAACUAAAGCAGCACGUCGAACCCUUGGCGCCUCCUUGGCAUUAUAACAAAAAAAGAUAUCCUCCGUCAUAUGGCCCAGACGGCAAACCAAGACCCCGCGUCAAUAAUGUUCAACUGAACCCCAUAGCUGAGGAGAGAGAGGAAACUGAAGAGGAGGUUCAUUUGUUGAACAGUACAACGCUUUAGCCUGAGGGAUUCUUCUGUGGUUGGAAAUGAGAGCUGGAUUUUUGCAUAACAGUGCUGUUAGCAUUCAAGAGUUGGUCUGGGGGAGUGUGGAGAGGAGGAAGAGUGAUUUCCUCACUGUAACACGGGGAGAGUGAACCUCUGCUAUCCUGCACUGGAUGCGUUCCAUGAUGACAGAUCUGCCAUGAUAGUGCAGUGCGAAAGCUGGAUCAGAAGACCGAAUUCUCCAACCCCUAGCCUAGUAUUGAAGAGCUGCAUUGUUAGUCCCUGUUUCCAGAGGGAUCACUUGAAUUGAGCCAUCUUUUGAAGACUGCAAGGUCUUGCCCUUUUUACCAUUGAAAACUGUUGUGUUAACUCAUGAAAUAUAUAGUUAUUAUACAUCACCUUUCUACAUUCCAGAAGAGCUUUUAUUUCUCUCUCUCUCUCUCCCUCUCUCUCUCCUGAGCCGUAACAAAGCCUCUUUAAAAUUGGUGUGCCCUUCGGAAGCAGUAGUUUCUCAUAUUGAGAUGUACUGUGACUUACCAAGGUUUGAUCACAAGAAGGGAGUUGUUUUGUGCCAUUAAACGUAGUUUGUACAUCAUGAAAUGCUUGGGGCAGUAUGGAUCUGCUUCAGCAAAAGCAGAAUGAACAGGUAAUACCUUGUAUGAAGCAUGUGUAAAUUUUGCAAUCUUAGGUGCUGCGAUUUCAGAAAAAUUAAAAAUAGAUGAAACUCGA